AUGGAAGAGAUGAGUGGAAACCAGCAGGAGGCGUACAUUGAGAUGUCUGUGAAGAUACUGUACACGGUGGAUAAUGAGUCGAAUUCGUUCCUUACUAGGAGUAAACAAGAUUUGCCGGUACGCGUUGAGAUGGUGCCAUCUAAUUCUUCGCCUUCGAAGUGUGCAUUUAGGAUUGGUGUUGUGGAGGUGGUACAUGUGCUCAACGAGGUGUACAAGAGUUCGCCGGAGUUGUUUCCGCCAGAUGGGAGUGGGGGUUCAAUGAUGACCAACAGUGAUUACAAUGUUUAUUUUAAAGAUGUUGUGGAGGCGGACGAGCCGUUUGUAAGCUUGGGGUUGCUGUCGAGGCUACGAAGUGGUGGAGGAGGUGGCGGAGCGGAGACGGAGGGUGGCGGAGGAGGAACGAACGGCGGUAUGGAUGAUGGGAGCAAUGGGACUGGAGACCGUGUAGAGGACGUACCGCUUGUUAUAGGGCGUAUAUGUACGAAUUUUACGUCUUUGCUUACGCGAUCCAGUUCAGCUGCAUCAGCCAAGGCGAGGAAAACUCCAGAGGAAACAUUAGAGGUGAAGAUGCGAUUCUCUAAGGUGAUCACAAGGUCGAAUUCACGAAGAUCCAGCAUAAGUAAACCAUAUCCAGCAAAAAGAAUAAAUUCAAACAUGGCGGUGGUGGGUAGUAAUACCACGAUGUCGAAAAAGAUGACAGCGGGCACACCCGCUGGUGUCGCGUGUGCGACUGGCAAGUACAGGAAACGUGAUACAAACCCAAUGCCGGCACCCAAGGCGUUUAGAACGCAGUCGCUGCCCAUCUGGGAUCACCCUAAAGCCAGCGGGAUACGUGGAGGAACAAUCGCUCACAAAAUCUACAUGGCAGAUAGGAACAAAGAGCAACUCUCGAAUCAACAAUUUCUGCAGCAGUCCGGGGUUAUACAGGAUCGGAAACCAACCUACCAGGUCACCUCAUUGCAACAUGACACAACGGUAUCUAAGUUCAAGGUUGAUGAUUCAAUCAGCAAGAGGUUUGAUUUUAUGAACAAGCCGAAAUCCAAGAAGGGGCUCCAGAGUAAGUCAAUAUCAGUGCAAGCAUCUUCCUCGUCCGGUGCUUCCGCCAAUGGCAGUUUGAGCAGCUCUAAAAAGACUACUAGUAAAGCAACAAUUAAGGCGCAGACAUCAAGACGCAAUAGUGAAUCUACAAAUGUCACAAUUGAUGGGAAUUCUACUGUAGUUGGGUCUUCAUCGCUUACAGUGUUAAAUUCAAAGUUGGACCAUGCGUCCAAGGAGUUCAGAAUUCUAAGCGGGGAGUCCAACCUGCAAGACUAUUUAUCACAGCAGCAGAGUAAGGGUAAUGAACUUUUCGAGCUAGAAGCACAAAAUGACAGUCCAUCGAUAAAUCAAAACAACAAGGAAAAUGUCCCACCGGCUACUGGUUCUUUAACAUCCCACCAGUUGCUUACCAGCGAUCUCGAUGCCUUUUUUAACUUGGACUUGGAAAACAUGAAGCACUCAGAGGAUGAAUGGUUCCAAGGGUUAUUUGCUACGCCAAGAGAUGUCAACACAUGCAACACAAUCCCCAUUGAAGAUGAAAAUGAAAAUGAUAACGAGCGUGAACAUGAGUUAGUGCAAGCAGAAAUCGUGCAGCAUGAAACUAGCGGUGGUACAGCUGGCUCCUCAGCUAUCAGGAAAACUGCAGCAGCAGCAGUUCUGGCAAACGAAUCCAUCAGCGACACAGAUCGCACAUCCCCAAUAGACACACUAUCAAUGCCUCUCUUGGACCUAGAACCUAGGUUCAACCAACCCUCGAAAUUCGUCAGUUGCGCCGAUCAAUUGAAAAGAUUGCCACUGCUCAUCAAGGGCAAAAAUAAUAUACAGGGGAACAACACACCCGCUGAUGAAGACAUCGGAGAUGAAGGCAUUGAGGAUAUAAGCUCAAUGGAAGUAAGCGGCGCCGCACUCCGCGUGCCAGAAACUACGCCAGGUACAAACCCCGCCACAGCUGCGGACACCGUUCCAAACAGCACCGCCGCCUGUGGUAGCAAACGCUCGUCCUCUGAUGAUGUAACUUCUGACUAUGACGACGAUGAAGAGAACUUGGAAUCAAUGAAAAAACGUAGAACCAUGCCCUCGUCCCCCACAUCCAUGUUUUUGUCUUACAAAGAAGAUUCAGCUAAAGAGGUUUACGACGAUCCCCCAGAUACCAGCUACGUGGCGGCAGAUGAGUUUGCGAUGGUUAAGAUACCGAAUAACCAUAACUCUACCCCAUCAACAUAUAGAAUCUAA